CGCAGAGGUUUAAAGCGGCGCGGCGGUGGCCGCGGGUGUUCAGCCCCGCGGAGGUGUGAGGGCAGCUUGCGGCGGGCCCGUUCGGCCCCGGCUGGUACUCGCUCUGCGCUGUUCUCCGCAGCUUCUUGUCUGUAUUCUCUCCCCGUCUCUGCUUUGGGCUGCCGCUAUGUGGUUCGCCCCCUUUCUUCUCGGCGUCUUCCUGCUCUCCAGCCCGGUCCUCGGGAGCGACGGCUCGGCUUCCACUGCUAUCACAUGCUUUACAAGAGGACUUGACCUCAGAAAGGAGACAGAAGAUGUCCUUUGUCCAGCAAACUGUCCUCUAUGGCAAUUUUAUGUCUUUGGGGAUGGAAUUUAUGCCUCUCUUUCCAGUAUCUGUGGAGCUGCCAUACACAGGGGGGUGAUCACCAAUGCAGGAGGAGCUGUAAGGGUGCAGACUCUCCCAGGACAGGAAAACUACCCUGCUGUAAAUGCCAAUGGGAUCCAGUCUCAAGUGCUCUCUAGAUGGGCUUCAUCUUUCUCAGUGACUCGCUCCAAGAACACAGCUCUCGAAGCUGUUGGACGGUCGGUGUCAACAGCGCGGCCUUCGACAGGUAAAAGACCUAAGAAGCCACUUGAUAAAAAGGCUGGGAACAAAGACUGUAAAGCUGAUAUUGCAUUUCUCAUUGAUGGAAGUUACAACAUUGGCCAACGUAGAUUCAAUUUGCAGAAAAACUUUGUUGGAAAAGUGGCUGUGAUGUUGGGAAUUGGAACAGAAGGGCCUCAUGUUGGAGUUGUACAAGCCAGUGAACAUCCAAAAAUUGAAUUCUAUCUGAAAAACUUCACUGCUACAAAAGAUGUUUUGUUUGCCAUAAAGGAACUGGGGUUCAGAGGAGGCAAUUCUAAUACAGGGAAAGCUUUGAAGCACACAGCUCAGAAAUUCUUCUCCUUGGAAAAUGGAGCACGCAAAGGAAUUCCCAAAAUCAUUGUAGUGUUCCUAGAUGGCUGGCCCUCAGAUGAUAUAGAAGAAGCUGGCAUAGUGGCCAGAGAAUUUGGAGUCAAUGUGUUCAUUGUAUCUGUGGCAAAACCCACAACAGAGGAGCUGGGAAUGGUACAAGACAUUGGUUUUGUUGACAAAGCAGUUUGUCGAAACAAUGGAUUUUUCUCUUACCAAAUGCCCAGCUGGUUUGGUACUACCAAAUACGUGAAACCUCUUGUGCAAAAGUUGUGUUCACACGAGCAGAUGUUGUGUAGCAAGACGUGCUACAACUCUGUCAACAUCGGCUUCUUGAUAGAUGGUUCCAGCAGCGUUGGGGAAAGCAACUUUCGCCUCAUGCUUGAAUUCAUCAGCAAUGUUGCAAAGGCCUUUGAGAUCUCUGACAUUGGUUCCAAGAUUGCAGCCGUGCAGUUCACGUAUGAUCAGCGCACUGAGUUUGGCUUCACAGACUACACCACAAAAGAAAAGGUCCUGUCAGCCAUCCGGAACAUUCGCUACAUGAGUGGUGGCACUGCUACUGGCGAUGCCAUUUCUUUCACAGUCAGAAAUGUGUUUGGGCCAAUGAAAGAUGGAGCUAACAAAAAUUUCCUUGUUGUUUUGACUGAUGGCCAGUCUUACGAUGAUGUCAGAGGACCUUCUGCUGCUGCACAAAAAGCAGGAAUAACAGUCUUCUCUGUCGGUAUUGCCUGGGCACCUCUGGAUGAUCUGAAAGACAUGGCUUCUGAACCAAGGGAAUCUCAUACUUUCUUCACUAGGGAGUUCACAGGAUUGGAGCAGAUGGUUCCUGAUGUUAUCAGAGGCAUCUGUAAAGAUUUUUUGGAUUCUAAACAAUAAAUUAAAAGUCUGCUGUUGGGUAUUACUAAUUUGAAACUGAAAGUCAUGAAAGUGAAGUGAUCUCUUGAAAGUAUGGAUGUUUUGUAUAUACUAUCAUAAUGCAAGGGAAGAAGGGGGAGCUACUUUUUGUUUCUGUAGUCAGUCAAGAAUUCUUGUGAGCUUGUUAGAAAUUGCACUCAAAUGCAGAACUUGGCCAACAGCUAUAAUUUUCAACACAUAUAUAGUAUCCUUAAGUUUAAAGCUAUGCAUAUUGUGCACUUAAGGCUAUCAGAUAUCAGGAAAAGAAACAGUACAGCUCUCUCACUUGCUAGAUGUCUUAUGAUUUAAUAUUAUAAUUUUAAAUACACUGUACUUAUCUCCUAUAGGCCUUCUGUAGCUUAUGAUUCUGUAUCUUUUCAAGAAGUUGCAAUGGGACGAAGUACUUGCAGUGCUUCAGUUGUGCAACAUCCACUAUUGACAGGCAGUUUAAAAAAAGGUAUCACAGACUGUGGCUGAACAGAAUCUUUAGUAGUUUAGGUUUUGCUGUUGUGAAUUAUACGGAAAUUUGUGAAUGAUACUAAGCACUGGCAAAGUUUACACCAGAAGACAUUGAACCCACAGAUUUCUAUUAAUCUAUGUUAUUUGGAGUUUUAGGCAAAGAUUUUGAAAGGUAUUUAAGGCACAGCAGUUCUUUUUCAGAAUCUGGAUCCUAAUAUAAUUAGCUGAUACUGCUGCUUCCCACACCACUGAAGUCAAAAGUGAUAUUCCUAAUAUAUCUGAUAACCAGAUUUUUUUUUCCUUUCUACUGUUUUGAUUUUACAAAGUUGUUACUGGCUAAAAAGUUAAAGACUGGAAACUUGGGCAAAGAGAUUGGACCACACACUGAGAACUGAAAAUGUUAAAAUUCAAAAGUACCUCAGACCUUGAAACAUAAAUUUAUAUCAGAUUACGUGGUUAGAGAAGAAGAAAGUAUGCAGACACUUAUGUGGGUUUCAGUAGCUCACAGAAUAACAGCUUUUUAAUGCUAGUAAAAGCACCUUAAAAAUGUGAGGGUCGUGGAAGACAAAAGAAUAGUUUUCUUGAGAAAUAGGCUUUGAUUUGGUUACACACCUAGUAAUAUGUUGAUAUUCUUAUACCUACAUGCAUGUGGUUAAAAGGCAAUAUUUCACUGAAUUAUUCCAGAAUCAUGGAGUACUCUUCAUUUUUUUGCUAAUAAAAUAUAUAGUAGAAAAAACUCUCAGCACUUUCCCCAUCAGUCUAUGUCGUCCCCUUUUUCAUACUGCUAUUGAUUGUAAUUCAUAAUCGUUUUGGAGUGGCACAGAAGGGAUUGUAUUCACCAGGCUUUUGUUGUGCAUUUUUAAAAAAUAACUUAUGACUGGCUAUAUAUUACACUAAACAUGGAUGGCAGAGAUGCCUUGUAUUUUUCUAUUAAAUUCAUAUGCAAUAUCAA